UUACAGGUGUGGUACAAGUGGUAAACAAAAUAAAUGGCGUCGUAUUUACAUCGUCUGACGAAAACUUAUUCAAGACUUUCUCUGUAUAUUGUGCUCUAGCUUUACACUACGCCAAACUGAACAAUAAAAUGCAUAAAACGGGUCUUCUAAAUGAGUCAAAUAUGCAGCUUUUAAGCCUUCAGAUAAAACCGUGUUCACACGAUAUCAUGAACUUUUUGGAGAACACAGAGGUGAAUAUACCGAGUGGCUUUGAUGAUUUUAGAUGGUAUAUCUCCGUGGAAGAAGAACCCAUUAUGCCGCAAAUGGUGUACCACAUGCUGAAAACGGUUGUUGGGUUUACAGAUAUGAACAUAGGUUUACUUGUCGAUUUUAUUUUAACAGUCCGAAAAUGUUAUAGACCAAAUCCCUACCACAAUUGGGAGCAUGCCUUCAACGUGUCACAUUGCAUGUAUAAUAUAUUGCUCAGAAAUCCUGCGUUGUUUACAGAAGUAGAGGUAAUCUAUAAUCGAUACCAAAUAAACUUUUAG